AUGGCGGAUGGGAAGACAGUUAGUUUCGGGCCAUAUGGUGGUGCAGGAGGAGAUAAGUGGGAUGACGGAACCUACAACACGGUAAGGGAAAUAACUAUACACUCCUCCAAAAUUGGUGAGAUUAAUUCCAUCCAAGUUGUCUAUGAUGUUGAUGGAAAGCCAGUAAUGGGACAAAAGCGUGGUCGUCUAACCGAAACUCCACACACGGUUAAAUUAGACCAUCCUACCGAAUAUCUCAUUUCGAUGUCAGGGUAUCACAGUACUAAGUCUCGUGUUGUGAAUUCUCUUACAUUCCAAAGCAAUAAAAAACAAUAUGGACCAUAUGGUAAGGAAGGAGGAACUCGUUUUGAAUCCCGGUUAGCUGAAGGCAAGAUUGUUGGAUUCUUUGGACGGAAGGGUGAUGUUUUGGAUUCAAUUGGAGUAUACAUUACACCAUUCAAAACUACAGUACCUAGUGUUGGUCCAUUUGGAACUAGUGGUGGACAACAGUGGGAUGAUGGAACUUACAGCACGGUAAGAGAAUUAAUUAUACACUCUGGAUGGGUAAUUGAUUCUAUCCAAUUUGUUUAUGAUAAUGUUGGAAAGCCAGUAUCGGGAACAAAGCAUGGUUCUGACGGCGGACAACUAAGCACGGUCAAAUUAGACUCAGAUGAAUUUUUGCUUUCAUUUUGGGGGUACUAUGGACAAGUAGAUAAAGUGGUUGUCAUUCGGUCGCUUGGAUUUCAAAGCAACAAAAGAACAUAUGGACCAUUUGGCAUGGAAGAUGGAGAGAAAUUUGAAUUCCCAUCCACUGGUAGCAAGAUUGUUGGAUUCUAUGGAAGGUCUCACAAAUAUCUUACUGCAAUUGGAGCAUAUCUCGAUAAGUGA